AUGUUAUUUGAAAGCUCUAUUCGAACUGGAGAUCCUCGUCUUUCCACAAGGAAUAAGCAAGCUCAAACCACUGAAGUCGUCAAUGCUUACGAUCAGUCCUUCAAUGGCAGAGUCAUCUAUGCCAGAAACCUCUUUUCCAAAUUGUUCUUGCAAAUGAUCAUCAUAUGUGUCUACGUAUGGAUUGUGCAUUCCAUACCUGCCUUAGAUCAUUUCCUGGAAGAAACCAAAUGGAUAUUUUGGCUGAGUUUGGGAAUCUGUAUAGGAACAGCCACCUUGGCUUUGAUUUAUCGCAAUCGAAUUACCGUGUCUCCUACGAAUUGGCUAGUCUUCAUUGUAUUCACCUUGUCAUUUGCCUCUGUUUGUGGUUGCUUGGUUGCCUUUGGUAAUUCCUAAAUAGGGUUGUUGCUCUUUGUUAAUUUUGCAAGCUUAAUAUUCUUUUUAUUUUUAUACUCAUCAACCGUAAGAAGAAAGAUAACAUAUUCAGGAGCUGUCUUGUUUGUCUCAGCGAGCAUCUUGAUAGUGUUUGAACUGUUCACAAUAUUCACCAAGAUAUCCCUCUUUUGGAUCAUGUUCAUAUCUCUGUCCUCCUUUUUAUUCGCCUUUCUAUUGCUUUACGACACUUACACUAACCUGAAUUGCGGAGACUCCUACGAUAUCAAUAAGGCAGAUGACGUGAGUGGAAGUGUAACCAUUUAUUGGGACAUCAUUCUAUUAUUUUUAAAGAUGGCAGAGCUCAUUAAAGAUAAUCUAUCUAAUAGAAAGAAUUGA